UGGUUAUGUCUUGGAGAAGAUACAUAAGCCAUCGUUGGCUCUUCCACCGAGAGAUCUUGGGGCUCGUGUGGUUUGUUCCAUCAAUACCUGCUAACAUCAGCUCCAAGUUUCCCACUAGCACCAGACCUUACCAAACACUGCCCGGUGCAUCAUCAUCAUCAUCAUCGCGAACCAUCGGCAUCCAGCACCAAACACCUCUACGCAAUAACAACAAUAAUGUCCCACCAAAAACCAACCUCCCGCCUCCUUACAACCCUGCUAGUCUCCCUCACCCUCCUCCUCUCCCCCUCCCUCGCCCUCGCCCUACCCGCGCCCGUACCAGCCGAACCCAGCUCCCCAGACGUCACAAAACUCUUCAACGGACUCGGCCACAUCAUCGUGCUCAACAGCACCUCCUACAGCGACGCCUCUCUAUCCUCCGAUAGCAUCGGCUGUCUUUCCGACGCCGGCUACGUAGUAACUGCUUCUUCUUCCAGUGACUGCGCCACCUUUUCCACCAGCAUCACUUCGUACCCGAAAACUAUUUCUAGUAAAAUCGGGGGGUGCAGCUUUGGAAACCAGGCGAUGCCGACGAACGAGGAUAGCAGGUAUGGGGCGAGACAGCAUGCUUGGAGCUGUAAUGAGGAUCCGGCGAUGGUGCCGGAGGGGGAGAGGUAUUAUACUAUUAACGGCUUCAAAUACCCCUUCAUCUGCAACGGCAAUCUCAACUGCUACUACGACAUCCCGCGGGCGCCGUCGUCCAAGGAAGAAGACAGCAAGGGGGAUAAGGUGGUCGUCUGGCAGUAUGCGUGGGGCAGCGAGCAGAUGGGGAUAACGCCGGGGCAUUUGCAGGUGUUGUGGAUGUGGGUCCCGGCUGGUAAGCAGGGUGAGGAUGGGAGUGCUGUGAAGCCGUUUUAGGUUUUCGUAAUAAGGUGUAGGGCAUGACAAAGAGCUUAAAAAGUUUGAUGUAAAGCUUGGUCCGUCCAAGUCUCGACCAAGGGGUUAAACAGCUUGUAGGUUUGCCGUCGUCAUGUUUGACUCGUUCAGCCAUGACACAAGAGAGAAUUUGGAAGUGGCAAGUGGAAGUGGCAAGUGGCAAUCAGUGAGCGGGCUUGGAGUAAAAAGGUACUUAGUACGGUAGAAAUAAUCGUUAUCAUUAUUUGUUUGCGGUUGUCAUUGCAAACCGUUAUGUGAG